AUGAGCUUAGGUUAUAAACGUCCUUUGGAAAAAGAAGAUCUAUACAUGCUGAAUGACGCGAGAACUUCUAAAAUUCUUACCGAUAAAUUCGAAGUAGAAUGGAAAAAAGAAACUCAAAAAGUUUCCUUGGGAAAAAAACCAUCUUUAGUAAAAGCUUUAUAUAGAGUCUUAGGGACUAAAUUUUUCUUGGCAGGCGUUUGUAGAAUUGUUAGUGAUGUAAUAGCAGUUCUUUCGCCUUUAAUUUUAAAGUUAAUAUUGAAUUUUGUCACUGAAGCGUAUACUUCAAACUUUGUUAAUGGCUCGCAACCACCUGCUUAUGUUGGCUAUUUAUUAGCCGUCUCCAUGUUCUUAAUGCAAAUGUGUGUUACCAUAUUACAAAACUUAUAUUUUUAUUUUGCAAUGGAAACCGGUGUCCUCUCUCGCUCUAUUCUUAUAACUGCAAUCUAUCGAAAAGCUUUAGUAAUAAGUGGAAAAGCUAGAAGUUUAUUUACUAAUGGAAAGAUUACUAAUUUAAUGUCUACUGAUACUACACGUAUAGACUUUGUAUGUGGUUACUUUCACAUAAUGUGGGCUGCUCCUAUUCAAAUUUGUAUAGCAUUAGGUUUAUUAAUAGUAAAUAUUGGUCCAUCUGCAUUAGCUGGUUUUGCUUUAUUAGUAUUAGUAGGUCCCUUGCAAGGAAAGGUUAUGUCAUUAUUAGCACGUAUCAGAGUUAAAGCUGCUGCUGUUACCGAUGAAAGGGUAAAAUUAACUCAAGAAAUUUUAAUGGGAAUUAGAGUUAUUAAAUAUUACGCUUGGGAAGAGAGUUUCGCUGAUGCUCUUCAUAAAUUAAGAAAUAGAGAAGUCAGUUUGGUUAGAUUCUUGUUAAUUAUUAGAGCUGCUAUUAGUGCAUUUAUAACAUUUUCAUUAACUGGAGGCGAACUCACCGCUGGAAUAGUAUUCUCUUCUUUGGCAUUAUUCAACAUUCUUCGAUUACCUUUAAUGUUUAUACCAAUGGUGAUAGCUUCUGUUACUGACGCUUAUGUAUCAGUUAAUCGAAUAAAUGAAUUUUUACAAUCUGAUGAAUUAUCAGUAUUACCAGAAAUCGAUCCUAACGAACAAUAUGCUAUUAAAGUUACUGAUGGUGAAUUUAUUUGGGAAAGUGCUCCACCAGAAGAAAUUGUUAAUAAAUCAAAAAAGAAAAAGAAAAAAGAAAAAAAAUCUAAAAAAAAUCUUAAAAAAAAGGAUAAAAAUGAAAAUGAUUCUUCAAAUAACGUUGCUAAUGAAAAAGCUCCUGAGGAUACUUCUGAUACUUCUACAGCUUUAACUCCUGCUGAUUCGGCUGAAAAUCUUGAAAAUUCUAAACCAUUUACUCCAAAAUCUCAACUUCGUAAUGUUAAUGUUUUAAUACCUCGUGGAAAGUUGAUUGCCGUUAUUGGUUCCGUAGGGUCUGGAAAAUCUUCUCUAUUAUCAGCUCUGGUUGGUGAAAUGAAAAGAAUUAAAGGAGAAGUCGUAUUUGGUGGAAAUGUUGGUUAUUGUCCUCAAUCUGCGUGGAUUCAAAAUGCCACACUCAGGGAUAAUAUUAUUUUUGGAUUACCUUUUGAUGAAGAAAAGUAUCGACAAGUGGUUAAAGAUUGUUGUUUAGAACCGGAUUUGAAAGUUUUACCUGCUGGUGACAUGACCGAAAUUGGUGAGAAAGGAAUUAAUUUAUCCGGAGGACAAAAACAACGUGUUAACAUCGCAAGAUCUGUGUAUUAUGAUGCUGAUAUUGUGUUAUUAGAUGAUCCAUUAUCGGCAGUCGACGCACACGUUGGAAAGUAUUUAUUCACACAAUGUAUUCAAGGUGCACUUGCCAACAAAACGCGUAUACUUGUUACGCAUCAUUUACAUUAUCUACCGCAUGUCGAUUAUAUAAUAUGUAUGGAAGAAGAUGAGGAAAAAGUAUCAGACGAAAAAGAAAAUAAUAAAGAUCAAAAUAUUGUUUUGUCUAAAGGGUUAAUGUCAACGGAGGAACAAUACAGAGGAGCAGUGAAUAAAGAUGUAUAUUUGGCAUAUAUUAGAAAUGCGGGAGGAAUGUUAUUGAUACCUUUUGUUAUUUUCUUGCUUAUUAUGAUGCAAGUAACAAAUAUUGGAAAUAAUCUGUGGCUUUCGUACUGGUCCAGCAAUACGUUUAACCUUUCAUUAGGGAUUUAUAUUGGUGUUUAUUGCGCAUGGGGAGCUGCUCAAGGAAUUUUUAGCGUUAUUUGUGGUAUCGUAUUUUCUUAUAGUGGUGUCGGUUCAGCUAAAAAAUUACAUAAUAACGCAAUUAAACGUGUAUUAAGAGCACCAACAAGUUUUUUUGAUACCACUCCUUUAGGAAGAAUUAUUAAUCGAUUCAGUAAAGACGUCGACACAUGUGACUCAUUACUUUCUGAAUCAUAUCGAAUGUUUUUAAUGACCUUUUCAAGCGUUAUUGGAACUUUUGUUUUAAUCGUAAUAGUAUUUGUGUGGUUCCUUAUCCCAUUGGUUCCUUUGCUCGUACUUUAUUAUUUUGCGGCUCUUUAUUAUCGGUCGACUAAUCGUGAGUUAAAACGUCUUGAUUCAGUAUUAAGAUCCUCACUAUACGCUCAUUUUUCCGAGACACUUACGGGAUUACCGACUAUUCGCGCUUAUCGUGAACAAACAAGAUUUUUGAGAAAUAACGAGACGUACUUAGAUAUCGAAAAUAGAGCAUACUUUCUCACUAUUUGUGUUCAACGAUGGCUCUCAGUGCGCCUUGAAACCAUUGCAAAUUUAUUAGUAUUUUUUGCAAUUUUGAAAGGUGUCUCAAUUGAUAUUAUGGCAGCUGAAAAAGUUGGAAUUGUUGGUCGAACUGGAUGUGGAAAAUCAACGUUGGCAACAUCAUUCUUUAGAUUUGUUGAACCAACUUCUGGAAGUAUUGUAAUUGACGAUGUUGAUAUCAGUACUAUUGGAUUAAGAGAUCUUAGACGUAAUAUUACUAUAAUACCUCAGGAUCCCGUACUAUUUAAUGGUACUAUAAGGAGCAAUUUGGACCCAUUCAACGAGCAUACCGAUCUCGAUUUAUGGAACGCACUUCGUCGCGUACACUUAGUUAAAAAUUCAGAUCCUACUUCAGAAAAAGAAGACUCAGAAAAAUCAGAAAUUAUCCUUACUGUUUCUGACCAGACAAAUAACAAACAAGAACCAAUAACACUUGAAUCACCUGUCAAAGAAAAUGGAUCAAAUUUUUCUCAAGGUCAACAACAACUGAUUGCAAUGGCUCGAGCAUUAGUUCGUCAUUCAAAAUUGAUAAUAAUGGAUGAAGCUACUGCGAGUAUAGAUUUUAGAACUGAUCACCUAAUACAAACUACAAUUAGGAAAGAGUUUGAAGAUAGUACUGUAAUCACUAUUGCACAUAGGUUACGAACUGUUGCAGAUUAUGAUAGAAUUCUGGUUAUGGAUGCUGGAGAAGUAGCCGAAUUCGAUGCUCCAUACUUACUGAUGCAAAAACCCGAUGGGUUGUUUAGAGGAAUGUGUGAAAGAAGUGGUGAAUUUGCAGAAUUAAUGGAAAUUGCUAAACAGAAAUAUGAGAGUGUGCAGUCGACACAUUGA